ACACUCCAAAACAAAAGCUAAAAAAGAACUCCCCUUUCUUUGUCGUCCAUGGUCAUAGCAUCGUUGCUCAUAAAACGAACCAUCACCUCCAACUCGCGCGUAUUCACCCUCUCUCGCCACUCUUCUCUCAAACUUCACUCAACACUUCCACUUCAACUCUCUCUUUCGACCCACGAACCCAUACAACCCCUCACUAAAUCCCAGCUCAAAAACCUUGUUCUCAACCAUUACACCCAUGGCAACUUCAUCAAUCUCGUCCAAAACGUCGUCGCUUCACCCCCGGUCCUCUUCACCGCUUGCCACAAUCUCGCCGCUCCCUCCCCCCUCGGUUCGGUCCCGGACCGGUUCAGCCUCGAGGCCUUGGCCCAAGAGCUUCGCGAGAACCGCUUCGACUUGGCCGCGUGCUGCGUCACACUAACACCCUCGACCAAAAACGGUUCGUCGUUGGUUCUCCCCAAUUUGAAGCUGAAGGUGGUGGUUGAGGCCAUUAGGAUGGUUCUGGAAAUCGUGUACGACGAACGCUUCGUGACGUUUUGCUACGGUGGGCGCGUUGGAAUGGGAAGGCACACUGCAAUAAGGUACUUAAAAAGCUCAGUUGAAAAUCCUAGUUGGUGGUUCACCGUGAGGUUCAAGCGUCACAAGUUUGAACAUUUUCACGUGGAGAAGUUGUGUUCUUUUGUUGAACAGAAAGUGAACGAUGUCGUUUUGAUUGAUUUGAUAAAGAGGUUGUUUGAAUGUAAGGCUUUGGUGAUUGAAUUGGGUGGGGAUUGUCUAGGAAGAGGGUUUCCUCAGGAAUGUGGGUUGUGCUCGAUUUUGUUGAAUGUGUACUUUGAUGGGUUUGAUAAAGAGAUUCAAGAGAUGCGGCUUCGGAAGAAUCGAGAGAAUCGAGGGUUGGAUCCGAACCUGAUUGCUUCAGGUUUGGAUUCUGAUGUGUUUUACAAGCCAGUGAAGCUGUAUGCUGUGAGGUACUUGGAUGAGAUACUUGUUGUGACGUCGGGGUCGAAGAUGUUGGCGAUGGAGUUGAGGACGGGGGUUGUGAAAGGCUUGGAACUUGGUUUGGGUUUGCGUGUUGAUAAGGUGAGCACCGCGAUUCAUAGUGCGGCGUCGGAGAAGAUUGAGUUUCUUGGGAUGGAAUUGCAGGUUGUUCCGCCUUCGGUUUUGCGCCCGCCAAUGUCGGAGAAAGCAAUUAGGGCGCGGAAGAAGUACCUCAGGCAGAAGGAAGUUAGGGCUCUGGAAUUGAGAAAUGCUAGAGCAAGGAACAGAAGGAAAUUGGGGUUGAAGAUAUUUGGUCAUGUUUAUAAAAAGAUCAAACAAGGUGAAGGGUUUAAAUUUGACUAUAGUAUUGAAAAUGAGGUCCGAGAAAUUUUUAGAUCUUGGGCUGAUGAAGUGGUGCAAGAAUUCUUGGGGAACGUAGAUGAGUGUCAAGAAUGGCAUCGAAGUCUAUCAGCUGGUGAUUUUCUUCAGUUGAGACACAUUCGAAAUCAAUUACCCCCUGACCUUGUCGAUGCCUACGAUAAGUUCCAAGAGCAGGUAGAUAAACAUUUGAAUCCUGUAAAAGCUAGAAAAGCAAUAGAGGAAGAAGAAAGAAGAAUAAAGGAAGAGGAGGAAGAAAAGUAUGCUAGGGGAACAGUUGAGGAUUUGACAAGGCUCUGUCUGAAGGUUGAAGCACCACUAAUUCUCAUAAGAAAAGCUGUGAAGUUGGUUGGGUUUACAAAUCAUAUGGGUCGUCCAAGACCAAUUGAAUUCCUUGUUGCUCUUGAGGAUGCCGAUAUCAUCAAGUGGUAUGCUGGCAUAGCAAGAAGGUGGCUUGAUUUUUUCUGCUGUUGCCACAACUUUAAGACAGUCAAAACUAUUGUAACUUAUCAUGUGAGGUUCUCUUGUAUUUUGACACUAGCAGAGAAGCAUGAAUCCACUAAGCGUGAAGUGAUAAAGCACUUCACUAAAGAUUUGAAAGUUUAUGAUGUGAAUGGAAAUCAUGAAGUGCAUUUUCCUACAGAAAGAGAGGUUAAGAUGAUGGGAGAUAGAAAUCUUUCUGAUCCAAAACCUGUAGAUGGGGCUUUAUCUUUGGCUAUAGUAAGGUUGGCAUCCAAUGAGCCUCCAUCACCUUGCAUUGCCCAUUUCUGUGACAAGACAACUACAGUUUUUUAUCGAGUCCAUUUGCUGCAAAACAGUUUGAAUGUGAACCCACUGGAGAAAGAAAAAUGGGUGCAAGGGAUGGGUGCAAUUCAUGAAUGCCUGAACCGGAAGUGCCUCCCUCUCUGUACUGAUCAUGUUGGUGAUUUUCUUCCUCUAUUAUACACUACGAACUUGAGUGAAAUGGAUCCUCUCAACAUGGUGAUUAAUCUGAUUGGGUGUAGGCUGUGUAGCACUUUGUGUAGUUUUCUCCUUUUGGACUUGGUCAGUGAUACUUCAGCAGCAAACUUGGGUGUAAUGUUACCUGCACAAAGUUGAUUGGGUGUAACGCUACCUCCUACCUCUGUUUCAUUUGUUGGUCAAAAUAUAAUGGCAAUGAAAAUGACAUGUUUUCAUGAUUGUAGAACUUGAACAAAGGGUGCCAGAUUUUAUCAAGGCAGGGGCUGACAUAGUCGGUGUUCAUUGUGAACAAUCUUCCACCAUCCAUUUGCAUUGUACAGUUAAUCAAGUAAGCUUUCCUCCUGAGCUCUAACUCCUAAACAUAUGUUUAAGCAAUUGUAUAAUUAUCACAUAGAAUUUCAGAAUCUUGUUGUCAAGGACAAACAAAAUACUGUAGAAAUCCGAUCCUGCAUCAGACAGGCAUAGACACAAUUACAUGCUUUAUAACUGAUGUCAAGUUUCCAUGAAAUUACGUCCCACUUCAGAUGGCUUUGCACUCACUUGUCACGAGGAUAAGGUAUUACUUUUUUUAACCUCAAUUUUAGAUUAGCUUCAAAGAUAUACAAAAAUUUAUGCCAAAUUUUACAUAAGCCCAUGCUUCUUUAAGUUGGCAUAGACUAACUAAUUUGAUUAAAUGUAUGCUAAUGUAGAAAUUGUAAGUUGGGGAAAGCAAUAAACUCGGUUGCCAAUGUUUUAUUUAAUGCUUUUUUAGGCUGUUUGCUUAGUAAGUUCUAUGUUCCUUGAUUUUUGUCUUUUAUGCAUUAAUGGGUAUCUAUACUUCAUGAUGUGGAUGGAUAUUAGUAAGAUUUAAGUAACAGUGGUUCAUUUUCUUCCUUCAUGUGUGGACGAGACUUUUCUUUUCGUCCUUUUUGGCUAAAGCUAGCCUUUUAUGUUGAAUGGCUGCUGAUCUGUUGUAAACAUAUUAUGUUUUAUAUUAAUGUUUUAUUGAUCUAGCUGCAAAUCAAGCUGUCUUGGGACUUGGGAGAUCUACAUAUAUAAAUGAUUAUUUUAUAUAUAUUGGUCUCUACGCCUGUUACUUAUUUUUAAUUUAGAAUGUAUUUGACAAAUGAUAACUGUAUAUAAAUCAGUUAUUUAUUUUUAAUUUAGAAAAUUUUUCACUGCCAUUACGAAUCAUAAGACAGUUGCUUCUAAGCUUAUCAAAUUGCUAAGUCAGUGACUGGUUCCGAGUAAAGUUAUAGAGGCACAAAGAUAAGAUAUGCUUUUUUAUGGUUAAAUCAUCCUUCUAAGUGUGGGCUCAAUCACCUAUAUUAUCUUUAAGUUGGAAGUGGACACUACUACGUUGUUUAACCCAAUGAUUAUCCGAGCAAAAAGGUUUCAUGCACUAACACAGAUUAAUCUGAAUUCUAUAAUUGGAAGGCACACGUAGCAGAUUAUUUUGAACCCCAUUUUAAGUGAACUGAAUUGAAAACUUUGUAUAAGAAAUUAAUGUGUGUUUAGUGAUAAAUUUUAAAUGUGUUGAAUGAAAAACAAAAUAUAACUUGUAGCUGAAUUGAGCAAGCCUGUUCCUGGUUUCAAGGAACUCCAUUGGUUCCAUGUACAAUGCCAUUCUCUUCCUUGGGACCCAGAAUACCUCUUCUGUGCAGCCAGUGGUGGCCAUUGAAAGAACAAUCUGUUAUAUAGAAUGAGCAGGUGGAAUGUAUUCAGCCAUUCCUUAUGCAAUUGCAUAGUUUAUUAUUAUUAUAACUUUUAGUAGCAUCAUUUAGUAUUUAAUUUCUAUGUCAGGUUUAUAGUAUCUAUUCUUAGGUUGUAAUAGAUCUACCAUAUAUUCUUGCUCAAGUUGUAUAACAUAUGGCCUCAUAGUUUAUGCAAUGAGAGGAUUUGAAUGGAAUAUGCAUCCAAAUUCUUUUGGUAUCUAUUCUUCAUGUAUUUCUAUACUUCACCUGUAUGGCAUGAUGACAGUGGCUGUAACACCAAACCAACACGUUGCUUCAAUUGUGGCCACUGCAUUCUAUGGAAUUUGGAAUCGUUUUUCUGGAUUCGCUGUCCCAAGACCUGUAAGUCAUGUAAUCAUCAAAUGUAAUAAGCAUGCAUGUAACCUACAAAUAUUCCUGGUAAAGGCUCUGGAAUGUCAUGGUUUGGAAUUUAUUAUAUACAGGCUUGAUUAAAGAAAAGGAUGCUAUUCAUAAUUCUCAGGGAGCUGGAUUGCAAAAUCUUGGAAACACUUGUUUUCUCAUUUCAGUACUGCACUGUUUGACAUACACAACCUCUAGCUGCAUAUCUCAGUGUCAAGCAUAAGACUUUAUGUGAGAAACUCUCUGCUUUUUUGUUUUCUAUCCUCUUCUGUUACACUUGCCAUAUUUAUAUUCAUGGAAAUACUUCAUUUAUGGUUCACUUUUGCUUUGUUGUUUGUGAUGCAAAAUAAGUGCAGUCGAACAGGGUUAUGUUUUCAUAAUCUUUCCUUUUAGUUGGCGAUGAUGUAUAUAUAUGCAUGAAGGAAAUUAUUG